AUGAGACAGAGUUACAAAGUGGCUGGCGUGCUGUAUGGGUCCGUUAGUGUGGUGGCGAUGCAGCUUGGGAUGCUGAACUUCCCGCAGUUUGUGGCUACCUGUACGGAGUUCCUAGUCCCCAAUGAGCUCGUUGAGAACAGGGGUCCCUUCCAAGAGUUGAUGCAGUGCAUCCCCAUGGAGAACGACAUUGGACUGAGCAUGAUUACCAGUGCACUGUUUUCAGGGGGGGCAGUAGGGUGUCUUAUCAGCGAUUAUUGCAACUUCUACCAUGUCUUCCCGCUGAGAUGGGAGUUUCUAGGUGCGCUGGCCUUGGAAGGUUUGAGUCUGCUAGGGUUGGUCUACAGUGAAUCCAUACAUGGUGUUGCAAUGUGGAGGUUUGUUGGUGGGCUCGGUUGUGGUGUUGUCUUGGGUAUCGUGCCGACGUACGUAGAUCUGCUCACAGAGUUGAAGUUAAUGCCGAAGCAGGUCGCAAACUUGGGUUACAUGGUGAGUUUAGCACUCGGGGUGGCCGUGUGUCAAGUUGUAUCGUGGCCUGUGAUUGACUCCUUCAAUUGGAGGUGGAUAUUUGUGUAUCAUUUGAUACUAGUUGUGGGCAACAUGCUGGCAGUUCUGACAAUGUUGGUGGAGUCCCCCAAGUGGUACUUGAUAAUGCGGGAUAAAGCUGGUACAAAGGAAUCCCUUCGUCAGUAUCUAGAAGGUACCCAGGAAGAGCAUGAUAUUUCAAGGGUCAUUGACAAGUGGGGACAAGAACUGGAUGAUAUUGUCCGUUUACACCUGGAGAGUACCGCAUCAAAUACAGUUUAUGAGAGGAUCCGGUACUGGAUACUGUACGUGUACAGAAACCUCGCAGAUGUUGGACCUCUGACUACGAAGAUGGUGCUCGUGCAGUGUUUCAAUUUCAACUUCAUGGAUCUGUACGGGAUCAAAGUCAUCAAAGAGAUCAUGCCAGAUUCCACAUUCCCUGUCAACGUAGCUCUAUCAUGUCUCAACGUCGCUUUGCCCUUCGCAAGCGUGUACCUUUGGGAGGAAGUACGCUCACAGGUUGAUUGGAGGGCAGGGCACAUCUUUGUGUACCUUUCGAUCACAGCGGCGUACUUCUUUGUGUUCCUGUCAUUCCACUACCAUUCGAAGCUCGCUUUCAUGGUAUCCAUGGUAUUCUUGAGUGUAACGACACAUACGCUGAUGACUAGUGAACCGCUCAUCAACCUCGCCGAAGGUAGCGACGACCCAAUGGUACACCACCAGCAGAUCCCCAUGAAACGGUACAGCAGGCUGUGCUACUGGGUGGGCGGCGCGAUACUGGCGUACUGUUUCCCGCUGGUGUUCGACCUGAUAGGCCACCGCGCCAUGUUUCUAAUCGGGCUACUGCCCUGCAUUUCACUACUAAUUGUUCUUACGUAG